CUCGAGUCUCGGAGGAGCACACAUGGAUCAUCAGAUUCAGGAUCACGGAGAACUUUGAAGUCGUCUUCUUCUUCUUCUUCGACUUCUGCUGACAGCACCGGAUUUGGAAGAACCAUAUCCAAGAAGUCUCUGGACAUGGCUAUCAGGCAUAUGGACAUAAGAAAUGGAGCAGGAGGUUCUCGCCCACUAACAGGGACUACACUCUUUCCCCAAAGCAUCCGCGGUGGCCCGGCCAAAACACAGAGCCAGAGCCAGACUGUUCGCUCUUCUACUGCUCUAGAGGCGGCGGCAUUGGUCAAUGGCAACGGCCACCACCUUCGCAAUGGGGAGGUUGUGGAGAAUGGGACUUACGCGACGGGGAGGCAUAUGGAGACGGGAAACCAUCACCAAGGGAACGAAGGACGGCAAUUCGGGAGAUUGGGCGAAGGGGAUGUAUACGAGAGCUCGCGGUAUGAUGCAAUGUUACUGAAAGAGGACGUUAAGAACAUGAACUGGCUGCACAGCAUUGACGACAAAUUCGAUCAAGGUUCCAUCUUUGAUCAUGGCUUUGAGCCCCUGCCCGAACCUUUCGCUCCGCUAUAACUACGCAAAAAAAAUGCCAAGUUGGUGGGAUUUCCGUUCUUUGUCUCUUUGAACGUUAUGAAUUUCUUCUUGGUGUUGUAUUCUAUUUUUUCUUUUUCCUUCUAUUUUCAGGUGGGGUGAUAUACUGAUAUUUAUUGAUUUAUCUAGUUCUUCCCUUCUGAUUAUUAUUUUGACCAGAUGGGGGGAGGAUACGUAUAUGACGAGUUUAAUAGCUUCUAAACCAGACUGUAUUGCCCAACUUCUUAAUGAUGAUUUGAUGAGUACUACGAAACCAACGUUCUGUUCUGUUCGAUUAUGUGCUGUGAAAUAUGAGCAAUACUUUUAAGUGUU